AUGAAGCUCUCCCCUCCUGUGGAGGAUGGUCCGGUGACCAGCUGCAAUUGCUCUAUUUGUGCCAUCAACGGAUAUCUCAUGGUUUACCCUUUGGAGUCCAACAUCACCUGGAUCAGUGGUUUUGACGAACUGACCACUUACACCUUCGGCAAAGAGAGAAUAGCACAUUCCUUCUGCUCGACUUGCGGGACAAGCAUUGGCGGGAAGAGCACCGAUCCCAACUUUUUUGCUGAUAACCGGGCGUUGAAUGUGCGCACACUGAAAGGCGUUGACAUUGAUGCACUGAAAUUGAGGAAAGUAGAUGGUCGAAAUGCAUAG